AUGAGGUCGAAAGACUUGGCUUUUAUCAUCGUAUUAAUCAUCUCAGGAGAACUCUAUGCAGAAGAGAAACCCUGUGGCUUUCCUAGUGUGGAAAAUGGAAGGAUUGCCCAAUAUUAUUAUCCUUUUAAAAGCUAUUACUUUCCAAUGAGAAUAAAUGAAAAAUUGUCAUUUUCCUGCUUGGCUGGUUAUUCAACGGCAACUGGAAAACAAGAGGAGCGAAUCACAUGUACCCAAGAGGGCUGGUCUCCAGAACCACGAUGCUUCAAAAAAUGCACUAAGCCCGAGCUGACAAAUGGUUACAUCUCUGAUGUAAAAUUAUGGUACAAAAUUCAAGAGAACAUGCGCUAUAGUUGUAAUUCAGGAUAUAAAACUACUGGAGGGAAGGAUGAAGAAGUGGUUCAAUGUCUUGCUGAUGGAUGGUCUUCUCAACCUACCUGCAGGAAGGAACAUGAAACAUGUUUGGUCCCUGAAUUACAUCAUGGAAAUUAUUCCACAACGCAGAAAACAUUCCAGGUGAAGGACAGAGUACAAUACGAAUGCACUGCGGGCUACUAUACAGCUGGAGGAAGGAAGGCAGAGGAGGUAGAAUGUCGCACAUAUGGAUGGUCUCUCACACCAAGAUGUACCAAAUUAAAGUGCUCUUCUUUAAGAUUAAUAGAAAAUGGUUAUUUUCAUCCUAUAAAGCAAACUUAUGAAGAAGGAGAUGUAGUUCAGUUUUUCUGUCAUGAAAAUUAUUAUCUAAGUGGAUCUGAUUUAAUUCAGUGCUAUAACUUUGGUUGGUAUCCAGAAUCUCCUGUAUGUGAAGGAAGAAGAAACCGAUGUCCUCCACCACCUCUGCCACUAAACUCCAAAAUCCAAACACAUUCAACAACUUAUCGUCAUGGAGAAGUAGUCCAUGUAGAAUGUGAAAUUAAUUUUGAGAUACAGGGAUCAGAAGAAAUACGUUGUGAAAAUGGAAAAUGGACAGAACCUCCAAAAUGCAUUGAACAAAAGGAGAAGAUAGCCUGUAAGGACCCACCUUUCAUUGAGAAUGGCACGGCAAACCCACACUCUACGAUUUACUACAAUGGGGAUACAGUGGCAUAUGAAUGUAAAAGCGGGUAUCAUCUCCGUGGAUCAAAAGAAAUAACUUGUAAACGUGGAAACUGGACACGUCCUCCUGAGUGUGUUGAAAAUAAUGAGAAUUGUAAGCCUCCACCUGCUGUAAUAAAUGGGGCUGUUGUUGAUGGAUUACUAGCAAGCUACGCAACAGGAUCCUCUGUGGAAUAUAGAUGCAAUGAAUACUACUUAUUGAGUGGGGCAAAAAUAUCUCGUUGUGAACAAGGAAGAUGGUCAACCCCACCCGUUUGCUUAGAGCCAUGUACUAUUAAUGUGGAUUACAUGAAAAGAAAUAACAUAGAGAUGAAAUGGAAGUAUGAAGGAAAGGUCUUACAUGGAGAUUUAAUAGAUUUUGUAUGUAAACAAGGAUAUGACUUAUCUCCAUCAACCCCAUUGUCUGAAUUAUCUGUACAGUGCAAUAGAGGAGAAGUGAGAUAUCCUUUAUGUAUUAUAAAAGAAUCUAAAGGAAUGUGUGCAUAUCCUCCACUUAUUAAAAAUGGAGUCAUGAUUAGUUCAACAAUAGGCAUCUACGAAAAUGGUUCUUCAGUAGAAUACAGAUGUUUUGAUCACCAUUUCCUUCAAGGGUCUAGGGAGUCCUAUUGCUUAGAUGGAGUGUGGACUACACCACCAUCAUGUUUAGAGCCUUGUACGUUAUCUUUUGUUGAAAUGGAAAAUAAUAAUUUACUCCUGAAAUGGAGUUUUGACAACAGACCAUAUAUUUUCCAUGGCGAGUAUAUUGAAUUUCUUUGUAGGAGAGAUACAUAUAUAGAUGAGUCCUCUAUUAUAGGAUCUGAACUCAGAGUGCAAUGUGACAGAGGGCACUUAAAAUAUCCAAGAUGUGUUCCAAAAGAAAGGAUGCUGUCUUAUCAAGAACGCUUAAGGACAUAA